AUGUCGCCAGACGAGAUCAAAGGCUUCAGUGUUGCUAAGAUUGAACAUCCUGAGACCUACGAGGAGGGUGGCAUCCAUCCCAAAGUGGGCGGCCUGUCGGAUCCUAGAAUGGGAACUAUCGACCGCAACAUGAAAUGUCAAACCUGUGGUGAAGAUAUGUCGACGUGUCCUGGUCACUUCGCACACGUCGAACUCGCUCGUGCGGUCUAUCAUGUCGGGUUCCUGAAUCGCGUCAAGAAAAUUCUGGAAUGUGUCUGCGUCAAAUGUUCCAAGCUGAAAUCUGAUGUCGUCACCGAUCCUGCUCUGGCGCUGAUUGCGAGACGGAUUAAGGAUCCAAAGAAAAGAUUUACUGCUGUUCAUCAACUGUGUAGAGGAAAGAACAUCUGUGCAACCGAUGAAACUGAUGACAAGCCCGAGAACCCCGACGAGCCAAUCCCAGAUGAUCAAAUCCCUAAGGGUCACGGCGGAUGUGGCCAUCCUCAACCUCAGAUUCGGAAAGAAGGCUUGAAGAUGUUUCUACAGUACACCAAACGGAAGGGCGAGGAAGAUGAAGAGGGUGUAGGGACUCUAGCUGGCACAGAACGGCAGCCAUUAACCGCCGACAGGGCUCAGGCGAUACUACGGAAGAUAUCAGAUGAGGAUCUGCAGAUCCUAGGCUUGCAUGCAACAGAGGCUCGACCCGAGUGGAUGAUCCUCACCGUACUCCCUAUCCCCCCUCCCCCCGUCAGGCCAAGUAUCGCUAUGGACGGUGGCGCAACUCGAGGAGAAGAUGAUCUGACUUACAAGCUCGCCGAGGUCAUUAAGGCCAAUCAAGCUGUCCGCAAGUUUGAGAGCGAAGGGGCCCCUGCCCAUGUCAUCACAGAGUUUGAAACGCUUCUACAGUGGCACAUUGCAACCUACAUGGAUAAUGAUCUCGCAGGACAGCCACAGGCUCUUCAAAAGUCUGGACGGCCGAUCAAAUCUCUCAGAGCGCGUCUGAAAGGAAAAGAAGGUCGACUUCGAGGGAACUUAAUGGGAAAACGAGUGGAUUUCUCGGCGCGAACGGUCAUCACUGGUGACCCGAAUCUGCAGCUCGAUCAGGUUGGUGUACCCUAUUCGAUUGCUAGGAACUUGACCUAUCCAGAGCGAGUCACACCGUACAAUAUCAGCUACUUGCAAGAGCUCGUCCAAAACGGUCCCACUGAAUAUCCCGGCGCAAGAUAUGUGGUUCGUGAUACAGGGGAUCGAAUCGAUCUGCGCUAUAACAAACGAGCCGAUACUUUCCUUCAGUACGGGUGGAUCGUGGAGCGCCAUCUCAAGGAUGGCGAUUAUGUAUUGUUCAAUCGACAGCCGUCACUGCAUAAAAUGAGUAUGAUGUCACAUCGUAUCAAAUUGAUGCCCUACUCCACAUUCAGGCUCAAUCUCUCUGUAACUCCGCCAUAUAACGCAGAUUUUGACGGAGACGAGAUGAAUUUGCACGUGCCGCAGUCCGAAGAGACUCGAGCAGAACUUGCUCAAAUUGCCUGGGUACCUCGUAACAUUGUCUCGCCUCAAGCCAACAAGCCAGUGAUGGGAAUCGUCCAAGACACCCUUUGCGGGGUACGGAAGUUUACGCUACGGGAUUGUUUCAUGGAUCGAGACUUUGUCCAGAACAUUCUGCUCUGGGUGCCCGGAUGGGACGGUGUAGUUCCACCACCAGCGAUCCUGAAGCCCAAACCGCUGUGGACCGGCAAACAGAUCUUAUCAAUGUGCAUACCCAAGGGAAUCAAUCUGCUGAGAGACGACGAAAACCAGACAUCUCUCCCCAUCGCCGAUAAGGGUUUGUGGAUCGAGGAUGGCGAGAUCAUCUACGGCGUUGUAGAUAAAAAGUGUGUGGGUGCUUCUCAGGGAGGACUGAUUCAUGUGAUUUUUCGUGAAAAGGGUCCCGAAGUCACUCGUGGCCUCUUCUCGGGAAUCCAGAUGGUUGUGAACUAUUGGCUGCUCCAUCAUGGAUUUAGUAUUGGUAUUGGUGACACCGUUCCCGACAAGGCUACUAUGGAGGCCAUCACCAACUUCAUCUCGGAGGCCAAGAGGGAGGUCUCCGAGACCAUCUCUCUAGCCCAAGAAGACAAACUUCAAGCAGAACCCGGUAUGACGAUUCGCGAGUCAUUCGAAGCCAAAGUCAACCGAGCUCUCAACACCGCUCGAGACAAUGCCGGUCGCUCGGCCGAACAGUCCUUGAAGGAUGACAACAACGUCAAGCAGAUGGUCACAGCAGGCUCCAAAGGUUCCUUUAUCAACAUUUCUCAGAUGUCGGCAUGUGUGGGACAGCAGUCCGUCGAAGGGAAACGUAUUCCUUAUGGCUUCAAAUAUCGAACCCUGCCUCAUUUUACCAAGGAUGACUACUCGCCCGAAUCGCGGGGAUUCGUCGAAAACUCUUACUUGCGAGGACUGACCCCGCAAGAGUUCUUUUUCCAUGCCAUGGCAGGUCGAGAGGGAUUGAUUGAUACAGCCGUCAAAACUGCCGAGACGGGUUACAUCCAGCGUCGUCUGCUGAAGGCUCUCGAAGAUGUCAUGGUCACCUACGAUGGCACGGUUCGUAACUCGUUGGGCGAUAUCGUCCAGUUUGUUUACGGAGAAGAUGGCGUCGAUGGAGGAACGGUGGAAUACCAAAACUUGGACAGUGUUCGACUGUCAAACGAAAAAUUCGACAAAAAGUUCCGGGUCGAUGUUACCGAUCCCAGGUUCGACUACAAACCGGGCGUCCUGCAAGUCGGUCUCAACGAUAGCUCGUUGGCCUUGCAGAGUGUCCUGGAUGCCGAAUGGAACCAGUUAUGUGAAGAUCGGGAAACAUUGCGGAAGUUCAUAUUCACCGAUGGGAACGGCCGCAAACCGUUGCCUGUCAACAUCCGACGUAUCAUCCAAAAUGCUCAACAAAUCUUCCAUAUUGAUUUCAGGAAGCCAAGCGACCUUCCUCCCCAUGAGAUAAUCCAAAUGGUCAAGGAUCUGUGCGAUCGUCUCAUAGUGGUUCGCGGAGAUGAUCCUCUAAGUCGCGCUGCUCAAGCAAAUUGUACUCUGCUGUUCCGAAUCCUGCUGCGGUCUAACUUUGCGACUCGAAGGGUGCUGGAAGAAUUCCAUCUGAACAAGGAAGCAUUUGAGUGGAUCUUAGGAGAGAUUGAAGCCAGGUUCAACCAGUCCUUAGCUGCCCCAGGCGAGAUGUGCGGAACGUUGGCGGCCCAGUCGAUCGGAGAACCUGCGACACAAAUGACCCUCAAUACCUUCCAUUAUGCUGGUGUUUCGAGUAAGAACGUGACCCUUGGGGUUCCUCGACUGAAGGAAAUCAUCAACGUGGCUACCAACAUCAAAACUCCCUCCUUGACCGUUUAUCUCAAUGAGAACAUUGCCAAUGAUAUCGAAGCCGCAAAAGAUAUCCAGACCGAACUUGCCCACACAACACUCAAGACGGUUACCGCCUCCACUCAGAUUAUCUACGAUCCCAAUCCCAAGAGCACGAUUGUGGAGGAGGAUCUGGACUUCGUUGAUGCGUUCUUUGCGGUUCCUGAUGACGAGGUAGAAGCUCAACUAGACCACCAGUCGCCCUGGCUACUUCGACUCGAAUUGGACCGUGCCAAGAUGCUCGACAAGAAGCUGUCGAUGAACUUUGUGGCCUCUCGAAUAGCCGAAGUGUUCAAGUCAGACCUGUUUAUAAUCUGGUCGGAAGACAACGCAGAGAAGUUGACAAUUCGGUGUCGGGCGAUGCAAUCCUCAGAGGCUGAUAAGGAUGAUGACGAAGGCCAGGUCGAAGAGGACGUGUUCUUGAGAGAAAUCAAUCAGAUGCUGGGCAGUAUCUCCCUACGUGGUGUCGAAGGUAUCCAGAGAGUCUUCAUGCUGCAACAUAACGUCAACUACAUCAAUGCUAGCGGGGAAUUCGAGCGGAAGACUGAAUGGGUGCUGGAGACGGAUGGGAUCAAUCUCAAGGAAGUCUUAUGUGUCGAUGGGGUGGAUCCGAUCCGGACGGUGUCAAACAACUGUGUGGAGAUCCUGACCGUGUUGGGAGUCGAAGCAGCCCGGGCCUCGUUAUUGAAAGAGUUACGAAACGUGAUCGAGUUUGAUGGGUCGUAUGUGAACUAUCGACACCUGGCCCUAUUGUGUGACUUGAUGACGAACCGGGGCUCGUUGAUGGCGAUCACGCGACACGGGAUUAACCGGACGGAUACGGGCCCCUUGAUGCGCUGUUCGUUCGAAGAGACGGUCGAGAUCCUGAUGGAUGCUGCGGCGUUAGGAGAGAAGGACCAUUGCACGGGUGUGGCGGAGAACGUGUUACUAGGCCAGCUAGCGCCGAUGGGCACGGGCGCGUUCGAUGUAGCGCUAGAUCUAGAGAUGUUGAAGGACGUAGUGAUCGACCAUCGGCUGCCGGUCGCAGGUGAGAUCCUGGGCGGCCGGUACGCAGACGGCGCAAUGACCCCCGGCGGCGGCAUGACCCCGUACGCCGAGUUCGGCGACACCAGAACGCCCGCGGCCAGGUUCGAGGACGGCCCCGUGCCCCACGCUAUGUUCUCCCCCAUCAUCACCGCCGGCGCUGACGACGGCUUUGGCGGGAGUAACGAUAUCUAUGGCGGCUAUGGCGGCCAAUCUCCCUACGGCGCCGGAGGCGGGACUUCUCCUGGCUACUCGCCCUCCAGUCCCUCCUACAACCCCGCCGCAAGCCCUGCAUACACUCCUACAAGUCCUACCUGGAGCGGUGCAUCUCCUUGGGUCGCCUCGGGUACUUCGCCGGGGUACAGUCCUACGAGUCCCCGAAUGGGCGCCACUAGUCCUAGGUUCUCGCCCGCUUCGCCUAACUUCUCGCCUGCCUCGCCCAACUUUUCUCCUGCAUCGCCUGCUUUUUCGCCUACUUCACCUUCAUUCUCGCCUGCAUCGCCUCGGUUCUCGCCAAGCAGUCCGAACUACUCUCCUGCCGGAAUAGCCACUUCACCGCGUUAUUCUCCCACGUCCCCUGCGAUGUCGCCCUCCUCUCCUAAAUAUAGUCCUGCUAGUCCCGCUUUCUCGCCUGCAUCUCCCAAGUAUUCCCCGACCACUCAGCGUUGGUCACCCCAAUCACCGGCCUUCUCGCCUGCUAGUCCGAAGUACACCUGCUUCGCCGGCUUACAGUCCCACAAGUCCUCAAUAUUCACCCACGUCCCCUCAAGCUCAAACCUCGCCUCAAUCGCCUCAAUGGGCCCCGACGAAUACGAACGGGAACGCUAA